GGUACUUUAUACACCACUGGUUAAUUCUGAUGGAUGGGUGUGUGUGUGUCUCAGGCUCAUCUCGUAAGGAGAUCACUGAACACUGGGAGUGGCUCGAGACAAACCUACUCCAGACUCUGUCCAUCUUUGACAACGACGAUGACAUUACCACCUUCGUCAAGGGCAAAAUACAGGGCAUCAUUGCUGAAGAGAAUAAAAGUGGCAAACCUCAGGAAGACGAGGAUCCUGGGAAGUUCCGUGAAGCCGAGCUGAAGAUGCGUAAGUUGUUCGGAAUGCCGGAGGAAGAGAAGCUGGUGAACUAUUACCCCUGCAGCAACUGGAAGGGCAGAGUCCCGCGGCAGGGCUGGAUCUACCUGUCUGUAAAUCACCUCUGCUUCUACUCCUUUCUGCUGGGAAAAGAGGUUUCGCUGGUGGUGCAGUGGACGGACGUCACGCAGUUGGACAAGAACGCCACGCUGGUUUUCCCCGAGAGCAUCCGCGUGAGCACACGUGACACCGAGCACUUCUUCUCCAUGUUCCUCAACAUCAACGAGACCUUCAAACUGAUGGAGCAGCUGGCCAACAUCGCCAUGAGACAGCUGCUGGACAACGAGAGCUUCUCCGCCGAUCGCUCGCUCCCCAAACCCUGCAAGACCCUGAAAAACGUCUCUGCACUCAAGAGGGACUUGGACGCACGUGCAAAGAAUGAGCGGUACAGAGCGCUAUUCCGGCUCACACAGGACGAGCGUUUGGAUGGACACACCGACUGUACGCUCUGGACACCAUUCGCUAAGAUGCAUGUCGUCGGCCAAAUGUUUGUUUCUAAUAACUACAUCUGCUUUGCAAGUCGAGAGGAAGAUCUGUGUCAACUUAUCAUUCCACUGAGAGAGGUGACUAUAGUGGAGAAAGCGGACAGCAGCAGUGUUUUGCCGAGUCCACUGUCGAUCAGCACUAAAAACAAGAUGACCUUCCUGUUUGCCAACCUCAAAGACCGUGACUUCCUGGUACAGCGCAUCUCUGACUUCCUGCAGCGCACGCCUGACAGGCCAUGUGGCCUGAUCACGCAAUCUGAGAAUCCCAGCCCGAGUACGCCACCCUCUCUGCCCCCGUCCCCUCCUGUCCUGGGGCUCGGAGAGAUGCCCCAAAACCAACACUACAGCCCCAAUCUGCCCACUGCCAAGAAGGGCCUGCUGCAAAUCUACCAGCAGGACGUCCCGGAGGAGCUGGGGCCCAAAGUGACGAGAGAGAAGAUGAAAGAGGAAUCAUGGAACAUCCAUUUCUUUGAGUUUGGCCGCGGAGUGUGUAUGUACCGCACAUCUAAGAGCAGAGAGCUGGUUCUGAACGGGAUACCAGAGAGUUUGAGAGGAGAACUGUGGCUGCUGUUCUCAGGUGGUCAGAAUGAGAUGGCUACACACCCGGGUUACUAUGGCAGUUUGGUUGAGCAGGCGAUGGGUAAAUGUACUCUAGCGACGGAGGAGAUUGAGAGAGACCUGCACCGCUCCAUGCCUGAACAUCACGCCUUCCAGAACGAGAUGGGCAUCGCUGCCCUGAGACGCGUCCUGACCGCCUACGCUUACAGAAACCCCAGCAUCGGAUACUGCCAGGCGAUGAACAUCGUUACGUCCGUGUUGUUGUUGUAUUGUACUGAAGAGGAGGCGUUCUGGCUGCUUGUGGCGCUGUGUGAACGGAUGCUGCCCGACUAUUACAACACUAGAGUUGUAGGAGCGCUGGUGGAUCAGGGUGUGUUUGAGGAGCUCACCCGCGAGUGUUUGCCGCUGUUGUACGAGCACAUGCAGGAUUUGGGCGUCAUCUCCACCAUCUCUCUGUCCUGGUUUCUCACACUCUUCCUGUCCGUCAUGCCUUUCGACAGUGCGGUGCUGCUGGUCGACUGCUUCUUCUACGAGGGCAUUAAAGUCAUUUUCCAGGUGGCAUUAGCUGUGCUACAUGCAAACAUGGAUCAGCUGCUGUCCUGUUCAGAUGAGGGAGAGGCCAUGACUAUUCUGGGCAGAUAUUUGGAUAAUGUUGUAAAUAAGCAGACCGUUUCUCCACCCAUUCCCCACCUUCAUGCCCUGUUGACCAGUGGCAACAACCCUCCGCCUGAGAUUGAUGUCUUUGAGCUCAUUAAAGCGUCCUAUGAGAAGUUUGGAAGCCUGCGUGCCGAUGUCAUCGAGCAGAUGAGGUUCAAACAAAGGUUAAAGGUCAUACAGUCACUAGAAGACACAGCCAAGAGGAGUGUGGUGAGAGCGAUCAUGACAGAGUCUGCUUUCAGUAUUGAGGAGUUGGAAGAAUUGUAUGUUCUUUUUAAGGCGAAGCACAUCAUGAGUUGUUACUGGGGUGCGAGUAGCACCGCGGCGGAGCGGCACGACCCGAGUCUGCCGUAUCUGGAGCAGUAUCGCAUUGACAGUGGCCAGUUCACUCAGCUCUUCUCCACUCUGGCACCCUGGAGCUGCGGCCUUCACACCAACACGCUCUCCAGCCGACUCUUCCGCCUGCUCGACCAAAACAAAGACUCUCUCAUCAACUUCAAAGAGUUUGUCACCGGACUCAGUGGAAUGUAUCAUGGCGAUAUGACAGAAAAACUCAAACUUCUCUACAAACUCCACCUGCCUCCUGCGUUGUGUCCAGAGGAGGCAGAGUCAGCACUGGAGGCCACGCAGUUCUUCACUGACGAUGACAUGCCACAGGAUCCUCCCUUCCUGUCUCAUCUGGACUUCCUGGCACAGGAAGUGACCUCAGGUGAGGGGCUGAAGGAGGCAGGAGACGCAUCAGCGGCCGGAGACACAGAUGAGAGAAAAGAGGAGAAGCUGAAGGACUAUAAGUACUAUCUGAGAAUGUGGGCCAAAGAAAAAGAGCCAAAGAAGGAGAGUAUUAAAGAUCUGCCUCGGAUGAAUCAGGAGCAGUUCAUUGAGAUGUGUAAGACUCUCUACAACAUGUUCAGUGAAGAUCCCAUGGAGCAGGAGCUGUAUCACGGCAUCGCCACGGUGGCGAGUCUCCUGCUGCGCAUCGGAGAAGUGGGCAAGAAAUUCACCAACAACGGCAGCCAGAAAACCGAAGUCCAGCUGUCCUCAGCAGUCGACGCUCUGCAGCCGGAGAGGGAGGACUCGUCCGGGGAGGGAGGAUCAGGACAGUCCUUGGUCUCCAAGGCCCUGGCUGAGGCGCAGCUGGAGACGCCACCUGCAACAGCGGCUGGCUCUGAUGAAGAGGCCAAAGACGACACAUCCGUUUCGUCCUACUCUGUAGUGAGUGCUGGUUCGCUGCAGUGCGAGGACAUCGCCGACGACACGGUGCUGAUUGGCUGCGCAAGCGGAGACGUGGUGGAUCGAAGGCGGGGCAGUGUGCCGGAUGCCGAUUGGUCGAUCACCUUUGAGCAGGUUUUAGCAUCGUUUCUGACGGAAACAUCACUGGUCGACUACUUUGAGAAAAAACAUGACAUCCAGAGCAAAAUAACGGCAUGCAAGUCACUGAGAGCCGUGGAAAGACAGACAAGUACGUCAAGCGAUCACGAUUUCUCUCUGAACACACACUGACAUGCUCAUAAAAACAUGCAUGAACACAAACACACACAAAUGCAAAACAAGAAUAUGUGUAUGUAUGUCCGGUUAUUAUCUAUAGGAGUUUGAUACUUCUGUGUCAUAGUCAAACAAAUAGUGUUUAAUUCUAUACCAGUAACCUCUGGAGUUUAGAUGUAAUAACCACGUUUCACUCUAGCAUAGGGGUUUUGAUGGGUUGAAUGCAUCAACUAGCAGGUCUGGAAUAGAGGAUUAUGGGAUAUGGCAUGCUUCGGCUCAUACAGAUCAAAGAAUGAAACAUCACACUAAAAAUAUUUUAUUUGCACACUGAAAUAUCCCACACUACAGUGUACAUCACUAAUGCGUUCUUGCACGUGUGCUAUAGCUGGAUAUAUUGUGUAUUCGAGAGUAAGAAGUGUCCUUUCGGUGAAGAAUCCAACUCAUAGCUCUGCUCAGAUUCACUUCAACCCCUCAGAUGGAAAGAGUCUCUUAGCUUUGGUUCAAAGCCAUGUUUCUGUGUGUUAAAAAUCAGCUUUACCGUUUUUAAGUAGGUCAUUGCCUUACUGAAGUGAACUGAUGCAUCGUUUGUUCGAAGACAGCGUUGCAUGUGUUUGUUGUGGUGUUUUGCGAGGAUAGCGCCAUAGUUAUGUUCUGUCAGAUGUUUGGUCGCCAGAAGCUACACAAGCGGUACAGCGCUGGCUUAUUUUAGUCAUCCAAACCAUAAUGAGAGAUGCAGUAAAAAAUGUAGCCGAUUAAUUUAGCACAAUAUUGGCCUUUACCACAUAAAGCAGGAGUUUUUUUCUCUUUUACUGUCCAAAAAAUUUUUUUGCUGUCAGGCCAGAAUAAGCAUGUACAAUCACUGGGCUUCGUUCAUGAAACUCAAGCAGAGCGAAUUUGGCAUUUGUACAUGAAUUGUCACAUUGAGAUAAAUGAAACAUUCAUAAAUUGGAUUGAAUGCACAAUGCAAACAACAUUUGUAAAUGUUUGUAAAUUGAGGCACUGAAUUAAAAUUAAGCAUUCAAGAAUUCACUAAACUGUUGAAUCAUGUAAAUUAUUGAAUUUAAUUUAGUGCAUCAAUUUACUGUUUUAUAAACACUUUUUAGGCAUUGUGUGUUAAAUUAAAAGAAAACAUUCAGUAUGCAUUAAAUUGUUGCAUUGAAUAAAAAUUCAUAUGAAAUUUUAUUUACUUAAUAAUUUAAU